AUCAUGGCAAAAUCAUCUGACUUGUGAACCGAAUCUUCAAAGGUGCGAGGGGAAGUGAAGAAAAUGGAUGGUCACAGUAAACCCAACCACGCCUCGAGAUUCCAGUGGCUUUCGUUUGCCUACCAGGGUCUGACAGAGAUCCCUUAUGACAACAUACUGAAACAGACGGACAGUCUGGAGGUGCUGGACCUGAGUUACAAUCUGCUGGACGAUCUUUAUUGGAACCCGGCUCUGCUUGGUCAGCUGGAGAAGCUCAGCACGCUGAUCCUGGACUGUAACAACUACACGUCGCACGUCAAGUUCCCCUACAUGGCCAGCGUGACCACGCUGUGCAUCAACAAGAACAAGAUCAACAACCUGCCUGUGUUUGUGGAGGAAAUCAGGCGCAAGUUCCCAAACAUCAGGAUCCUCAGCAUGAUGAACAACGAGGCAGCACCUAGUUAUUUUAACGGAGGAAGUCUGACCCAGUACAAAGAUUAUAGACAGUACGUCGUCAGUCAGAUCCCAGGUCUGGAGAUCCUGGACGACACCGAGGUCCUGGAGAAGGAAAGAGCUCAGGCUCGUAAAACCUACAGACUGCAGCGUCAGAGCAGGAACAGCAGCAGGAAGAGGAGGGAGAAGGACGAGUCCUCCAGGAGACGCACGCACAUGCAGAAAAAGUCUCAUACUGUCAUAAGACAAUAGCUCAUACACACUAUAGUUUUAUUUUAGUAUUUUAGAAUCACAGAGUCACUGUGAGUUUUGCAGGUUUAUAGCAAGACAUUUAACAAAGUCUGACUUUACAGGUAUUAACAACAUCAAUUUGUGACUUUUUAACGUCUUUAAUUACAUAUGUUUUACCUGUUUUGCAGAAUACAUGUCUAAAAAUCCAAAACCACGUGUUAACGCAGUCAAAAUCUGCUGUUUUUGUUAGUAUUCAAAUCCAAACACCAGCAACACAUUAAAAAUGAAAAUAAUCUAUAUUCAUUUUCUUAUUUCAUGUGGAUAUAUAUUUCUUAUAUCAACAUGAAAAGUGUUUGGUCAUCACAUUAAAAACUGCUUAAGAUUACACAACUGUUACGUUGCAGGAUUACUACAUGGUGUUACCACUAGAGGGCAGCAACGUUCAGUAGAAAUCUCUCAUUGCAUCCAACUUCCUACAGUCUAUGGGAUUUCCUGUUUCUGGGUUUAAAUGAGCGUCUAUAAGAGUUUGAGCUUGUGGAUUAAACUGCAAAACUAAGAGAAAUCAUGGGAUGAGAUUAUUGGAGAAACAUUGAGUAAAAAAAAGUCAGAUGACCUCCUCUGUUUGUUGUUUUUCACACACACAAGUCCACCUCAGAAUAUUCAUGACUCAUAUUAGUGUGUGUGUAAAACAAAUUUUCUUCUCUUCAAACAUUAUUUACAUAUAGUUUACUGAAUUAAUUUGUCUCCAAACCACACAUUGUAGUCUUUAUUUAAUAAAAGUGAACAUUAAAUAAAUGUGUUAAUAAAAACG